AAAAACCCGGCCAGGCGGCCAACCAAAAGAGCCCAGACGGAUAGUUCAUAAGCGUUUCAGAUUAAAGAAAAAAGAGGCUGAAAAAAAUCCGGUUUAAUAUCCGAGAUCUUAACAAAGAAAGAGAGAUCGAAAAUCUAAUAAAAGGAUGAAAGAUUUGAAUUUGGUCCCUACGUUUCUAUGGUGUCUUUUGUUGUUUCCUUUACACAAAGCAGUCGCAAAUGGCGUCACUCCCGAGGAAACCAAGCAGCUAAGAGAUGAGGUACGUGAAAUGUUCUAUCAUGCUUUUGAUGGAUAUAUGGAGCAUGCAUUUCCACUUGACGAGUUGAGACCGCUAACGUGUGAAGGAGAAGAUACGCUUGGUGGUUAUGCCUUGACACUGAUUGAUUCUUUAGACACAUUGGCUUUACUUGGAGAUCGAGAACGCUUUACAGCCUCUGUUGAAUGGAUUGGUAAAAAUCUUCGGUUUGAUAUAAAUAAAACAGUUUCUAUUUUUGAGACCACCAUCAGGGUCCUUGGAGGUUUACUUUCCGCUCAUCUUAUUGCAAGUGACUAUGCUACGGGCAUGAGAAUUCCUUCAUAUGACAAUGAACUACUUGACUUAGCUGAAGAUCUGGCUAGGAGGUUAUUACCUGCAUUUGACACUCCUACAGGAAUCCCAUUUGGUUCUGUUAAUCUAAAGUAUGGAGUUGAUGAACAUGAAAGCAAGAUAACAUCUACAGCUGGUGGUGGGACUUUGACCCUUGAAUUUGGAGUGCUAAGCCGUUUGACAAAUGAUCCUAUUUUUGAGCAAGUUACCAAAAAUGCUGUUCGGGGCCUAUGGGCUCGCCGUUCAAAGCUUAAUUUAGUUGGUGCUCACAUCAAUGUGUUUACUGGUGAAUGGACACAGAAGGAUGCUGGAAUAGGGACAAGCAUUGACUCCUUCUACGAGUAUCUUCUGAAGGCAUAUUUAUUGUUUGGGGAUGAAGAGUAUUUGUUCAUAUUCCAAGAAGCAUACAGUGCUGCUAUGCACUAUCUUUACAAUGAUCCCUGGUAUGUAGAGGUCAAUAUGGAUUCUGCUGCUAUUGUCUGGCCACUAUUUAACAGUUUACAGGCAUUUUGGCCCGGGCUUCAGGUUUUAGCAGGAGAUAUUGAUCCUGCUAUUCGAACACAUACUGCCUUCUUCAGUGUCUGGAAACGGUAUGGUUUCACUCCGGAGGGUUUUAAUCUUGCUACACUUAGUGUUCAGCAUGGGCAAAAGAGUUAUCCUUUGCGUCCAGAGUUAAUAGAAAGCACGUAUUGGCUCUACAAAGCUACCAGAAAUCCCAGAUAUCUGGAUGCCGGACGAGACAUAGUUGCUAGCUUGCAAUAUGGGGCAAGGUGUCCAUGCGGUUAUUGUCAUAUAUCAGAUGUCGAGUUUCACAAGAGGGAGGAUCACAUGGAAAGCUUUUUCCUGGCGGAAACAGUGAAAUAUUUGUGGCUCCUUUUCGAUUUGGCUGUGGGUCCGGACAACCUUGUUGAAAAUGGACCAUACAAGUACAUAUUUAGCACUGAGGGCCAUUUAUUGCCGGCAACUCCUCAAAUAUCUCUAUUACAAGAGCAUUGUUCAUAUUUUGGGGCUUAUUGUAACCGCGACAGCUUAAAAGAAGAGCCUAAUGCAUCAGACAAGUCUGCUGAUUCUCAAGAAACCAAUGGUAGUAGAGUUUCCGAGGGUUGGGUUCGCACGAGAUUUCCCUUGGAUUCUUCUUCUUUCAAGGCAUCUCCCGUAUCUGGGCUGAUUAAGGGCCUUUGUCCGGGACUAACUCAUGCGCAGAAGUAUGGCAUUUCGUAUCUUGCUUCAGUUGAUACACCUCAUGAAGAUAAUUCUGCCAAAAAAAAAAAUAUCGUGGUUAAGAGCCAAGCUAUAGUUGUCGUUUCUGACCAAAUCUCUAAUCAAUCACUAUCUGGUGACGGCAACGAUAACAAUGUUAAAGAAUCAACCGAGAGGGAACCGGAGAGUGAUCCAUCUCAAUCGUGAAAAAGCUUCUCGGGCGUGUAUAACUAACCAGAGGUAGUUUGUGCCCUAAACCAUAUAUGACGAAAACCAGAUCUCAGCUCUUUCCUUUGUGCUAUUUUCCCUGAAAGAUCAUUGAUAGUGACUGAAGAAAACAUUGGCUGCUCUGACAUUUGAUCUGAUUACAAUGGUUGAUCUUCUCCACUUUUGACAGCACACAUACUAUUAUAAUCAACGGGUUGAACAAUCUGGCAACAACUGUUGAUACAAUGAGUAUAUAUUUGAGGCUAGACUUGUGAACUGCAAGAUGAAGCGGGUCGUAAGAUGUCAGUGCUGUUAUGUUGAUCAUGGACGUAACGUCAGAAGUAGCCACUUGUAUACUUACAGGGGCAAGCAUUUGUAAACUUACCAAAAUUUAACAGGACUUUUGUACAUUUUAUUUAAGUUAAGACUAAGGUUGAUUACAGUGGGUGAGGCCAUUAUCAUCCCUGAUUGCCGGAAGACAAUAGUUUGGAAGUUGCCUGCUGGAGGGGGACGAUCGAUUUUAGUUGAGGUUCCAUUGAUAUGGGGACUGUCAUAAGGGUCUCGGAAACCAUCGCCUUUCACCCCAUUUGAUUUGAGUUGUAGUGAAAAACAAUAAGUUUGAUUGAUGGAUUUUGAUAUUCAAUUACCCUUUUUA